AUGCUUGGCAACACAUCUGGUUUAGCUGCUUUGGUGAAGAAAGAAGCUCCUCAGGUCAUCGUGACCCAUUGUUUUCUACAUCGGCAUGCAUUGGCGUCAAAGACUCUGCCAGCAAUUCUGAAAGAAGUCUUGUCUACUGGCGUGAAAGUCGUCAAGUUUAUCAGAGCCAGGGCUGUGAACCAUCGCGUUUUCAAGAGGUUUUGUCAAGAAAUGGGAGCAGAAUAUGAAGUUCUUCUUUACCACACAGAAGUUCGCUGGCUAUCCAGAGGACAAAUCUUGAAGCGCUUGAUUGAACUACGAGCAGAAGUUUCACUUUUUUUGAGAGAAAAAGAAAGCCCACUCUCAGAACAGUUUGACAGUGAGGAGUUCAUUCAUGGCUUGGCCUACUUGGCGAUUGAAGGCCCUGGAGUCACCAUUAUGGAUGCUGCUGAAAGACUGCAAGCUUUUCUGAUCAAGCUGCCACUGUGGAAGAGGAGGUUGGAGGCAGACAACUAUGCAAACUUUCCAAAGUUAGAGGAAGUGCUUCUGCAGGAUGGAACCGAGAGUGACGAGGCCCUGUCAAUUUCUCUGCAGGCAGAAUUCUGCAGACAUCUGGAUACUCUGCAGAACUCUUUCAAAGGUUACUUCUGCUCAGGUGACCUUAAAGUUGAAACAUGGAUUCGUAAUCCUUUCCUUGCCGACAUAGACUGUCUCAGUGAUGAAGACCUUGCCAAAGAUGACCUCAUUGACCUGAAGACAAAGGAAAUGUUACGAAAUGAAUUCAACUCAAAGAGCCUUGGAGAAUUCUGA